CCUCUCUGACGGGCCCCUGCGCGUUUGCCGCUGCGGGGGCAGACAGGCGGCGGCUCGCAACCCUAUCUUAGCUUCUGCGGUCCGUCCUUGGCAUCAUGUUGCGGGUCUGUCAGCGCGUGGGGAGCACAGCGGCUCAGAAUUGUCUGUGUAGUAAAAGUUCACUCCGUUCUUCACGUCUGUCUCGUGGAUAUGCUACAUCUGGAGAACCUGGUGUCUCUGCAGGGAAAAUAAUUGGUGCCAGUGUUUUGUUUGUUGGUGGAGGAAUAGGUGGAACUAUUUUAUAUGCAAAUUAUGACCCACGCUUCCGAGAAAAUGUAGAGAAGACAAUCCCUUAUUCCAGCAACUUGUUUGAUAUGGUAUUGGGUCCUCUUCCUUAUAAUUCAACACCAAAGAAACCAAUACAGUCAGCUCCAUUAAAGAUCUCUUCUGUAGCAGAAGUAAUGAAAGAAUCUAAACAACCAGCUGCCAGAUCUCCAAAGAGCAAAACAGAUAUUCCUUCAGCCACUAGUGAAGAAAAAGAAGCAGGCUCAGAAGUCGCUCACAUAAUCUCAGCAACAGGUGAAGCAUUAUCAGUUCCAGCUCCAGGAAUGCAGGAGGAGGAGGAAUGCAACAAAAGUCACGUUCAUUUUGAAGGAAAGCAAAAACCUCCUGACUUAGGCAAAGAACACCAUCGUGGUGAUGCUGUUGUAAAAGAAAGACCACCCGAAGAGGUUGCAGCUCGUCUAGCACAACAAGAGAAAGAAGAACAAGAUAGAAUUAAGGCACUUGCAGCAUCCUUGGAAAGGGCUUUGAAUAGCACCUCUCGUAUCACUUUGCAAGCAAUUACUCUCCAGGAAGCUGCUGUCCAGGCAGUCAAUCUGCAUGCUCAGAAACUGAAAGAAGCUAUGGAUAAUUCUGAGGCUCCAAGUGAGAAAAAGACAGCUCAGUGGCGAACUUUGGAGGAAGCAUUGAAGGAUCGUAGAAAAGCUGUGGAUGAAGCUGCAGAUAUCCUAUUAAAGGCCAAAGAAGAAUUAGAGAAAAUGAAAGGAGUGAUUGAUGGUGUCAAGAAGUCUCACAUAUCUGGGGUCAAGCCUCACAUACAGGCUGCAGAAGAGAACCUUCAUCGUAUGAUCACUGACCUGGACAGUGUCGUCAAAAAGGUACAAGCAGCGCAGUCAGAGGCUAAAAUAGUAACACAGUACCAUGAGCUUGUAACCAAAGCGAGAGAAGAAUUUCAGAGAGAGUUGGAUAGUGUUACUCCUGACAUUCAGCAUGGUUGGAAGGGGUUAAAAAUAACUGAUAUAGCUGACCGGCUGACAACAGAUGACUUGAACUCUCUCAUUGCUCAUGCUCACCGACGUAUAGACCAACUGAAUAAGGAGCUGGUAGAUAUGAGAGUCCGAGAACAACAACACAUUAAAACAGCUCUGGAAAAGCAGAAACUGGAAGACAAAAAAGCUUUUGAGUCAGCAGUAGCAAAGGCACUGGAACGUCAUAAGAAUGAAAUCCAAACUGAACAGGAGAAGAAGGUUGAAGAAGCUCAAGCAGUUAUGGAAGGUGAAAUGCGAACUCAGCUACGCCGACAAGCUGCUGCACAUGCUGAUCACCUAAGAGAUGUUCUCAGAAUCCAGGAACAAGAACUGAAGCAACAAUUUGACCAGAACUUGUCUGAAAAACUCAGUGAACAAGAACUUCAGCAUAAACGUCUUCAUCAGGAGCAGAUAGACAACUUCACUCUGGAUAUCAACACAGCCUAUGCCAGACUGAGGGGAAUUGAACAGGCAGUUGAAAGCCAUGCGGUUGCUGCAGAAGAAGCCAGGAAAGCCCAUCAGUUGUGGCUUUCAGUUGAAGCUUUAAAGCAAAGCAUGGGAACUGCUGCUGGGGAUAGACCCACAGAGCCUUUGGAGGAUGCGGUACAGUCUAUCCAAGUCAGCUGUCCUGACGACGCAUUCACCCAGGCCUUAACUGCUACCCUUCCCCAAGAAUCACUCAGUCGUGGGGUAUACACCGAAGAGGCACUAAGGGCACGCUUUCACACAGUCCAAAAGCUGGCUAAGAGGGUGGCAUUGAUAGAUGAAACGAGAAACAGCUUAUAUCAGUACUUCCUGUCUUAUCUGCAGUCCCUUCUCUUGUUUUACCCUCAGCAGCUGAAGCCACCACCUGAGCUUGGCCCUGAAGACCUGGACACAUUUAAGUUGCUCUCUUACGCAUCCUACUGCAUUGAACAUGGAGACUUGGAAUUGGCAGCUAAAUUUGUCAAUCAGCUGAAAGGAGAAUCCAGGAGAGUGGCACAGGACUGGCUGAAUGAAGCUCGGAUGACCCUGGAGACAAAACAAGUUGUGGAUAUACUGACUACCUAUGCUAGUGCUGUGGGCUUGGGAACAACUCAGGUGGACUAAUAAGCCAGCUAUGCAGGACUACUGUAUCUUUAACAUUAGUCAAAUAAAGUACAAGAUUUGCAAUAGUACUGGGAAAAUUGGUGGGAGACCUCAAUUGGUUCCAACCAUACAAGAAACUUAGUGUCAUUGGGAAAGAAGUGAAUGAAGUUCCAUCUCCUGGUACUCUUCUAAAUCUUAGCACCUGUUGCAUUUGCAUUUUUUCCCCUCAGCCAUUUAUCAUGUCUGGAAUGUGUUUUUGUUUUUGUUUUAAUUUCAUAACACAAGUUUCCAGGUAUUACUGAUUGGGCUUGUGAACCCACCAAAAUAAUGUUUAUAACCUCUUACUGAUUUGCCAUUUGGCUCAAUUAAAUAAAUGAUAUUUAAAAGG